AUGGAAAAGCUAGCGUACGCAUUGGUAACCUCAGCAAGAAGGCUAAGGCACUAUUUUCAAAGCAACAAAAUCAUAGUCAAAACAAAUCAACCUCUACGUCAAGUCCUAACAAGACCAGAGGUAUCCGGUAGACUAAUCAAGUGGUCUAUCGAACUCUCCGAGUUCGACAUUGACUAUGAACCAAGAACAGCCAUGAAAGCACAAAUAUUAGCCGACUUUGUGGCCGAGCUAUCAGAACAGCCGAAGCAACAACACACAUGGGAGCUAUAUGUCGACGGCGCAUCCAACAACGAAGGCUCUGGAGCAGGGGUAUUACUCACCAACAAGGAAGACUUGCAACUCGAGAAAUCUAUCAGAUUCACAUUCCAGACAAGCAAUAAUCAAGCCGAAUACGAAGCACUGCUCGCCAGACUAAGACUGGCACAAUCCCUUAACAUCACCCACCUACAAGUAUACUGCGACUCACAGCUUGUAGUGCAGCAGGUAACAGGCCACUUUCAGGUAAAGGAUCAGCUACUAGAAAAAUACCACAGCUCGGUAAAGAAACUCCUCACAAACUUUCAUUUUAUACAAAUCACACACAUAGCUCGGGAACAUAACACCCGGGCAGAUGCACUCUCAAAAUUAGCAACAACCAGGAAGUUUAUAACUGAUUCUGUUAUAUCUCAACUAACACUCACCAAUCUAAGCUUUAGUAGCAAAUCGAUAUUUUCAGUGGCCAAGGAAGAAGAUUGGAGGGCGCCAUACAAACAAUACAUACAAUCAGGAAGGAUCCCUACAACAUCAGAUACCAAAACAUUCAGAAGACGUGCAGCUCCCUUCACUAUGAUUGGAAAUGAGCUAUACAAAAGGGGAUUCUCCCAACCUCUUUUAAGAUGUAUCAACAAAGAAGAGGCCGAAGAUGCUAUGAACGAAGCCCACGAAGGGGUAUGUGGCAACCACAUAGGAGGACUAAGCCUAGCAUCUAAAAUAGCAAGAGCAGGAUUCUAUUGGCCAUCCAUGAAGAGAGAUUGCAUCAACAAAGUCAAGAAAUGUGAUAGCUACCAGAAGCACAGCUCGGCCAUCCACAAUCCGGCAGAGCAAUUACACACAUCGGAGGUAAGCUGGCCUUUCCAAAAAUGGGGGCUAGAUAUCCUCGACCCAUUUCUAAAAGCACCAGGACAGGUAAAAUACUUACUUGUAGCAAUAUAUUACUUCUCCAAAUGGAUAGAAGCAACUCCAUUAGCAAAAAUAGGAGCUGAUAAAGUAAGAUCUUUCAUUUGGAAACAAAUCAUUUGCCGCUUUGGUAUACCACAUCACAUUAUUACUGACAAUGGUCGGCAAUUCACCGACCAAAGUUUAGCUUCUUUUUUAAAUGAAUUCCAGAUAAAACACCAUUUCUCGUCAGUAGAACAUCCACAGACCAAUGGGCUCGCAGAAGCCGCCAACAAAGUCAUUCUCAACUCUCUUAAGAAGAAACUUGGCAAUGCAAAAGGAGAGUGGGCCGAGUUAAUACCAGAAGUACUAUGGGGUUAUAACACGACAAUUCAAUCUACAACACAAGAAACACCAUUUAGAUUGGUAUAUGGAGCAGACGCCAUGAUCCCAGUUGAGGUCUCAAUAACGUCAGCACGUAGAAACCAAACAUCAACCGAACAAAACGACAACAUCCGACGUACAGAACUCGACACCAUCGACGAAGACAGAGAGAAAGCCUGA